AUGUCGGAUCUUUUCAAUGGUUUAGCUAACCUUACCAAGCAAGUAACUUCAAACAUUUCAACUUAUGAAAUCCGUAAAAUUCGUGAAAAAGUUGAAGGUAUGGUGCUUAAUUAUACGGAAGAGGAAACUCUUGUUCGUGAAGCAACUAAUGAAGAUCCUUGGGGACCAACUGGGCAACAGAUGAAAGACAUUACUCAUUUAUCGUUCCAGUAUGAUGGAUUUUCGAAAGUCAUGCCUAUGAUAUGGAAAAGAAUGUUUGAAGAUAAUCGGCAAGCAUGGCGUCGUGUUUACAAGAGUUUGACGCUAUUGGAUUAUUUACUCCAUAAUGGAAGUGAAAGAGUUAUCGGUAGUUCUAGAGAUCAUAUUUAUCAGCUAAGAGCACUGGAAAGUUAUAAAUUCACUGAUGAGAAAGGUCGAGAUCAAGGAAUCAAUAUUCGUCAUCGUUGUGCUAAAAUUCUGGAACUCCUAAACGAUGAAGACAAGUUAAGAAAUGAAAGGAAACGUGCGAAGGAUGAAAAUAAAGAAAAAUAUCAAGGUUACAACAGUGACGAUGUUCGAUUGAAAGCGCAAGGAAUGUCAUUCGGGUCAGAUUCCAACUCAUCGCCUCGGAGACAAGCAUAUUCAACUAAUGACCGAGACGACUAUAGCAACAAAGAAGUGAACUCAUUUUCCUUUCCUGAGGAUAAUCGUCAGAGUUGUGAAGCUGUGGAGGAAGAGGAUGAUUUUGAAUCGUUUGCGCAAUCUCGUUCAAGUGCUUCUCCUAAGCCUCCUGCUACGAACAAACAAAUUGCAUUCGGAAUACCUUCUCCAACUGUUUCAUCAUUCAAGAUCUCUCCUGUGCCAAGAGAAAGUGAAAAAACGUUUGAUUUGCUUGGAUUUGACAGUAACACGGAUACAGCUAAACCAGCUAUUAGUUCUCCAGACAAGCUGCUAGAUAUUUUCAACUCGACUGGUCAACAGAGCGAUAUGCAAUUUGCUACAAUUCCACGACCUCCAUCCAAUGGCCCUGGCUCAACUCCUGCUGGAAACAAACAAUUGACGGUUACAGCACAAGAAGUUGAUCUAUUGGGUGGAUUUAGUUUAAACGAACCAACAGAAAAUAACGCCACUACUGGUGCUGGAUUCGUAACAUCAACUGAUAGCAACGAUUGGUUUGCGUCAUCAAAGCCUGCUAAUGACGGUUUUGCUGAUUUCUCCGCUUUUCAAAGUGCAGGGACCGCGGCUAGUUCAUCGUUGUUUGCUCACACACAAGAAACUGGCCUGGCUCCUCAACCGAUCGCAGACAGCAUCGAUUUCACCAAUGCUUGGAUGAGCGAUAUGGAUAGGAGAGAGGAGAAUAAGCCGGACGACUCGAACAAAGUGUUGGCUAGUCCAGGCGCUCCAAAAGUAGGAAACACAUGGACAGGAGCAGAUUCGGAUUUGUUCAAUUUGGACAAUUUGGGAAUGAAGACGAGUGGCAACGCCAAAACGAAUUUGUCAUUAAAUGAAAUGCAGAAAACUAAGAAGUGGUAA